UAGUUUUUCGUUAUCUCACUCACUCAAAUAACAUGGAGGACGUGCUCCCGUAAAAACGUCGUUGAAGUAUUUGUCUUUGUUUACGUGUCGAAAUCAUCGGGCGAAACUAUUGGAAAAUAAUCCAAAGUGUCUUAAUUCGGUUUAUGGAAUUACCUCGAAUAUAUAGUGGCUUUGUAUUUUUAAUAAAGAUUCAAUAUUGUGCUCACCGCUUGAAAUGAAUAACGGGGAUGUUGGAGGAUCGAGAGGUAGAGGCCGUGGUUGGCAUAAUCCCGAUAAUAAACCUCGUGAGUUGCGCCGGCCCAAAUCCGUGGGGGACGACACCAAAGCAGUUGAAGCCCCUGUAUCAAAUUUGUCUGCGGAAGCUAAGGAAUGGUAUCCACCAAACUAUGUGCCACAAUCACCUGUAAUUUACAACCAAGAGCCCUUCAGAGUGCCUCGUUAUUCUGUUCAGGACAGAAUUAGACAGGCACAAGAUCAAGACCCAUAUAAUUUUGACAAUCUAUCAUAUGCACUUGAGGAGCCUGAAAACUUGGAUCUACGAGAGAACAUAGCAAACUUGAUUACAGUAAUGUGUGAGAUAACAUUUGAUCCCGGUAAAUUUGACACUUUGUGUGGACCAUUGGUGGAUACUUUUGUUUUGACUUUGAAUGAUGCCACCUACACCAGAGCUCUCGUUGAAGCCAUUGUGAACCAGUGCAUAGGCGAGGCAAACUUCCGAUACAAUGGUGCCCGACUGUGUUCCAUCUUUGAUUCUGUUGCACCGCCUGAGGAGUCGACGUUCCGCGCGUGCCUGCUGGAGCGUUGUUCUACCGAGGAGCACAAGAUCAUAAGUGGUAUAGAGAGCUCAGAGGAAAACAUGCGUGGCUUUGCCAUGUUUCUAGCUGAAAUAUACACACAACUGGAAAACAGCCAGGGUGGAAGGAUAAGAUCCUUAGGGGAAAGCCUGUGUAAAGUGUUGCUACAUCUCCUAGACACUGACAAGGAAACAAACAUCAAAUCAGUUUGCCAGUUGCUCAAGUUGUCAGGCAUCGCGCUGGACGCGGACUGCCCGGCGAGCAUGCACGUGGCGUUCGAGCGCCUCAAGUACCGCGCCGAGAUGCCGUGCGUGCGUCGCGUCAUCCAGCUGCGCGGCGCGCGCUGGGGCACCGCCGACCCCGAGCCCGACGCCGCCGCGCGCCCCGCCGCGCCGCCCGUCGCGCGCCGCCUCAACCAAACGAAUUCGGAACCGGAGGGCACGAUGGGCGGCUACCUGGCGGACGGGCAGACGCUGACGCUCGAGGAGCGCGACUUCCUGCAGAGCAACCUGCCCGCCAAGCCCGCCGCGCUCGACAUCGAUAUUCUGGAGGAGCUGGAGAACGAGGCGUGGGACACGGGCAUGGACGCCGAGAUGCAGGCCGGCUACCUGGAGUUCCUUAAGAUCUCCAACCAGAUCAAGCGAUAACCAGCUGUCGACCGGCGCCCAUUGGAUCGCGCUCUGCACUAGGACAAUCGUGAAAAACUAUAAAAAAAUAAUAAAACUUUAUAAAACAAUAAAAAGAUUCGUCUGUGAAAGCUUUGUAAUAACUCUAGUUUAAGGGCCUUUGCACAUGACAUUUUCACGCGCGGUCAACGCGCAUUUCACAAAUACAGCGCUGCAAACGACAUUGUGGAUGUAUGCAAGGUUACACUGUUUGCAACUGCAAUGCGUUCGCCCAGCCGUCUAUAGACGUGCAGUUAUAACUGUUCAGUUUUAACUUUUUAACCAUUUUAACCGUUCAGUUAUCUGAAGGUGAACUUUCGAGGCUAGCAUCUAUCAUCAUUAAUGUAGUAAAUGUAAAGAACGUCCGCGUCAUUCAAACGCAGCCACGUUGAUGCGGCGUUAAGUGUCACUGCGCUCGAAUUGCAUUCCCUACAUUUGCAUAGUACAUUAAUCAGACGCUCUGUCGCGGCGGCAUUUGACGCCACAGACGCUUGACUCGAAAGUCCACUUUA